CGUCCGAGGUUGCUUGAAGCGUUAGUCGCCUGAUGAAUUUUGUUGAGUGAGUGUGGUGUGUUCUUGAAAUAGUUGAGUGCAAAAAAGGAGGAAAAAAACAAAAUGGUGGACAAAAUUGAAAUGAGUUUGGACGACAUUAUUAAGUCGACAAAGGGUAUGGGCUUGAGGAAUAAUCGUCGGGCACCUGGAAGGGGCCCCAUGGGACGCCGCGGUGGGGCCAGUGGUGGGAAUUUUCCACAGAGACAGCGAAAUCUACGUGGAGGAGGCGUCCAGAAGGGGCGCAAUGCUGCUGGCAUUUCUCGUGCAAAUGGACGUUUUCCGAGGGGCGAUGUAAACGGCGCUUGGAAGCAUGACAUGUUCGAGAGUGGAAAAAGGAAAAAUCUCCGUGGACCUGGUGGAAUGGGAGGAGGAGGAGGUGGAAAUUCAACAGCAAAACUAUUAGUCAGCAAUUUGGACUACGGCGUCUCGGAAUCGGAUAUCAAUGAACUCUUUGCGGAUUUUGGACCACUCAAAAGUGCAUCAGUACACUAUGAUCGCUCCGGAAGGUCACUUGGAACAGCAGAUGUUGUCUUUGAGAGGCGCGGGGAUGCAGUCAAGGCCAUGAAGCAGUACAAUGGAGUCCCACUGGACGGGAGACCGAUGAAUAUUCAGCUAGCUACAUCAGAUGUUCCCACACUGUCGCCUGCCAUCAACAGAAACAGAUUCCAAGGACCCCGUCCAGGAAACCAGAGAGGAGGCCCACAAAGGAGAAAUAUGGGCAAUAAUGCUGGGGGAGGUGGAGGUGGUGGACCUCGUCGGCAGGGUGCACGCAACGCCCGCCCUCCAGCCCCAACAGCCGAACAACUCGAUGCAGAGUUGGACGCUUACGUGAAGGACAUGAAGUAAUUUGAUAAUUUGGAGGGGCGCGGAUUCCUCAUCACAUUGAUUGAUUUCUAUCAAUAAUUAUGAAGAAAUAGGCUAAUCCACAAAUAAUGUAAUACUAGGUUUAAUUUCUUUUUUCUUAAGAGAGGAUUCCUUGAAUUUUUGAUAAUUUUCAGUUACUGAUUUAAUUUAUGUGAAUUGAAGUGAGACAAAUUAAAUAAAAAAAUGUGAGUAUAUAUUAUGAUGAAUAUAUAAGGAAACAAAUUAAUGGAAGAAAUAUAGAAAAUAAUAAAAGAUGAAA